UCUACUUGCGCAGUAUUGUGGUAGCUUACUUUUCAGUGUUUUCUGGCCCCGAGGCGUGCAAACUUUUGCAGUCUUUUGCCAUAAUAACAAUUCAGAGAUUAGAUUAUUAUAAAAUUAUAAGGUGCUGUUUAUCUUCCCUUAUUUUUCUUUUGUCCGAUUUCCCUGCUCCUUCAAGCGAAUCAAGCCAAAAAUAACCAUGACCAAUCAUCGCUCCAACGGCUCGCUGAAGCAUCGUCGCUGCGUCUCCAGCUCCCUGAACGAAUCUUCCCGCCCCACACAUCUGGCCCAGGCCUCGGCCGGGGAAUGCGGCUUCAGCGGGGGCGACGGGGUGCUGGUGCCGACGCUCUCCACCGACUCCCUGACCAACAUGACCCUAUCCGCACUGGAGGCUGACGACAAGCACUCCGUGGAGGCCUACGAAACCGCGGCGGAAUCCGCGGAGACCACUAAGAUGGAGGAUGAGGAAUUUGAGGCCGCCGCCUCCUACGUCGAUGUUUUCACGAUUGGCGGCUAUGUGACACUGCAGUUGUUUGGCUAUUUACGGGAUUUCCUCCGUCGCUGGGGCAUUGAGAAGAGUCUGAUUGCCACGGAGAAGGGCAACGUGGGAUUCACGCCACUGUAUAACAACUGGGAGGAUUUCUACACGCGCAAUAUUUACAUGCGCAUUCGUGACUGUUGGAAUCGUCCAAUUUGCAGUGUUCCGGGCGCGGAGAUCGAUGUUAUGGAGCGAUCGACGCCGAAUUACGGAUGGAAUUUUGAGCUGACGGGACAGAAACUGCGCUGUAUCAAUAUGGGAUCGUAUAAUUAUCUGGGUUUUGCGGAGAAGUUCGGUCCGUGUGCGGAGGAUUCGGUGGCGGCGGUGGACAGUUACGGCGUGGCUGGCUGCUCGCCACGUGAUGAUGUGGGCACGCAGAGCGUUCAUUUGGAGCUGGAGAACCUCGUGGCACGCUUUGUGGGCUGCGAGGCCGCGGUGACUUUCGGGAUGGGUUUCGCGACGAACAGUAUGAAUAUCCCGGAGCUGAUCGAUAAAAAUUGCGCUGUUCUGAGUGACGCCUUGAACCACUGUUCGAUCGUUACGGGAGUACGAUUGUCGGGUGCCUUUGUGAAGAUUUUCAAGCAUAAUGACAUGAAGGAUCUGGAGCAGAAGUUGAAGGAAUUGGUUAUUGCUGGUCAUCCACGAACGCGUCGUCCCUUCAAAAAGAUUUUGAUUGUUGUGGAGGGUAUUUACAGUAUGGAGGGCUCAAUUUGCAAGCUUCCAGAGAUCAUUGCGUUGAAGAAAAAGUACAAAGCGUAUCUCUUCCUGGACGAAGCCCACAGCAUUGGCGCACUGGGACCACAUGGGCGGGGCGUGGUGGACUUUUUCGGGCUGGACCCGCGUGAUGUUGACAUCAUGAUGGGAACCUUCACCAAGAGCUUCGGUUCAGCCGGCGGCUACAUUGCAGGAUCGCGGGCUUUGAUUGAUUAUCUGAAAAUUGCUUCCGGUGGGAUGGUGUAUUCUUCCGCGAUGCCGGCUUCCGUUGCCCAGCAGAUUAUUACUUCCAUGAAGAUCAUUAUGGGUGAAGACGGAACGGAUGAAGGGAUGCGGCGCAUCCGGCAGUUAGCGGAAAACACCCGGUAUUUCCGUAGUGAAUUGAAAAAGCGGGGAUUUAUUAUCUACGGGCACAAAGAUUCGCCGGUGGUGCCGUUGUUGCUGUACUAUCCGACAAAGAUUGCGACAUUUGGUCGGUUUAUGCUGCAGCGAGGCAUUGCGGUGGUGGUGGUCGGAUUCCCCGCUACUCCGGUCAAGUUGGGACGUGCCCGGUUCUGUUUGUCGGCAGCUCAUACUCGGGAAAUGUUGGAUAGAGUUAUUGCAGCUACCGAGGAGGUCGGUGAUAUUAUGAGCUUGAAAUACUCCCGAAUACAUGGAACAAGCGCUUACAGACACUUUGUGAGCCCUUAUAAAUAAAACUCAGAAUUUGUUUUUGUGAAAUGUGCUGACUUUUAGUUUCCUUUUUUGUAUUUCAUUCCUUGUUUCAUCGACAUUCUUUUUAUGUUUUUCGCGAUUAUUUGCUUUUCGUAUUUUUAUACUCUGAGUUGCUUAUUAAUAUCCCUUUAUAUUAUGUUAUUACAGUUAAAUGUGCCAUAACAGUAACAUAUUUUUAUGGAAUGUGAUUUGAGGCGCUGGUUCUUUAACUUUUGUGGACACUUGACUUGACAGAUUAUAUACAACACCUUCUGUG